UAAUUUUUUUUUUCAUUUUCAACCCUGAAAUACAACCACCCGCAUCAUGCAAACGAUCAGAUUAACACACGUAUGUACAUUAUUAAAAAUAGGUAGGGCAUUGAUGCUAUCAAUAUCUGACGCGCUCGAGUAUGUCCAUGCAUCAGUUUUUUUAGCAAAUGAAGAAAAUUAAGACAUGUUCCCGAUUCAACGUGUGAAAACAUGCGCAAAAGACUACAGAAUGACUAAAAACAUAGGCCAAGGAUCCUUUGGAAGUGCUUAUAAACUUAAAAAUAUUGUCACAAAUUCAAAAGUUGCUGGAAAAUUUAUACGAUUGAGUGGAAGGAACAACGAAAACAGGAUUCGUAAAGAAAUUGCUAUUAUAGCCAGUCUCCAGCAUGAAAAUGUAAUCGAAUACGUGGCAUCAUAUUCUUCCCCGAGGGGAUAUAUAAUCGUGACCAAAUACUACUCUGGCAAAACUCUUUACCAUAGGAGAUUAAAUGAAAACUUUGAAGAGCAAGAUGUCGCUUUGUGCGUACGUCAGAUCUGUAAUGGAAUCAAUUACAUUCAUCAAAAAAACAUAGUCCACAGGGACAUAAAAGCCACCAACAUUGUCUUAGAAACCAAACAUGGUAAACACGUCCGAAUAAUUGAUUUUGGUCUGUCCUGCAAGUUGGACGACGAAAAUAAUAUCAUACAAUGCGGCACCAAAACAUAUUUAGCCCCGGAAGUGAUACGUUCGGAGCAAAUAACAGGCGCUGUCGACAUGUGGAGCCUCGGAGUCUUGACCUACUGGCUAUUGUCGCUCACUCAUCCAUUUCCGGCUUGUUCGGAACAGUCAAGUUUAAUUGUAGGCGGGCAAUACACGUACAAUGCAAAAUCGUUUGAAGGCGUUUCGGUCACAGCCCGAAACUUUAUCAACAGCCUCUUGGUUGUGCAGACAGAAGUGAGAUUGACGGCCAGCUCGGCUCUACAGCACAGCUGGUUGAGUUUGACACUUAACAACGACCCCUCAUCAACUAAUUAAACACUAUUAUUUUCUACGUUGCACCGGUAGGGCGAGUGACGAAUCAAAGUUUCAAUCCAAGCCUCGACCUUUGUCGCUGCGUUACUUCAAUAUCACUGUUGAUUA